CCGCCCAGCUUCCGGUAGCCUCAGGGGUGCGGGCCGUACGCAUCUUCGGGAGUCGUAGUUCUUUUUGCUCGCCGCGAGCUGGCAGGAGACGUAGGAGGAACUUCAAGUCCCAGCAUGCCUUGCUGCGCCGCGCCUGCCACCGCUUCCCCGCUGCGGACGCCUGCGAGCAGGUUGUUGUUUUUAUGAGGCGUCACUGGCGUCUGGAGCGCGGACGCCGCCACGGUGACAGCUGGCGCGGUCGGGCGGAAGAGGCGCUGUCUUCGGACCUGAAAAAUGUCUGAAAGUUCCAGCGACAGCGACUCAUCUUGUGGCUGGACUGUCAUCAAUCAUGAGGGUUCUGAUAUAGAGAUCGUGAAUUCUGCCACAGCCAGUGACAACUGUGGACUGACUCUAGAAUGUUCCUUAGUAGAACAAGAGGAGCUGCCCGUUCUUUAUGUAGGGCAUGGAGGUGAAGAAAGCAGCGCAAACAACACAUCGUCAGUGGGAGAAACCAUGUUGUCAUCAAUGAGAGAAACCAAGUCAGCAGCUGAGGUGGAGGAAGCACCUUCCCCUGAAGACAAUGUCUAUUUCGGAACUACUAGUGACGAUUCGGAUAUUGUUACACUUGAACCACCUAAGCUGGAAGAAAUGGGGAACCAGGAAGUUACAAUUCAAGAAGCGCCCAGCUCAGAUGACCUUAACAUGGGCUCUUCCUCCAGCAGCCAGUACGCCUUCUGCCAGCCAGAACCCGAAAGGUGGUGGGAGAAGCUGUGGAAGAUUCCUGGAUGCUUAAGGGGAUGGGAUGAUCAGCUGAGACUACGUGUUCCUAGCCAGCUUGCUCUCCAAGUCUUUUCAUCUCAGCCUAGUGAUGAGGAAUCCAGUAGCGAUGACACCAGCCACGAGCCCAGCCCUGCUCCUAGACGGCGCCGCAACAGGAAGAAGACCGUUUCUAUCUCAGAGUCUGAGGAGCCUCCACUCGCUGAGCCGGAAGAUGAGCCCUCCAAGGAGCCAAGUAAACGCCACUUUAGUCGUGGUCUCAACAAGUGUGUUAUCCUGGCCUUGGUGAUUGCUGUCAGCAUGGGAUUUGGACAUUUCUAUGGUAAAAAUGAAGGAAACAAGGGAAAAGGCACAAUCCAGAUUCAGAAGCAGUUAGUCAGAAAGACCCACGAAGAUGAGCUGGAUGGUGUGAAGGGUUAUCUCUCACAGCGCAAGCAGGAACAAGAGUCUUUUCUAGAUUUCAAGUCGCUGAAAGAAAACCUUGAGAGGUGUUGGACCGUUACUGAAUCAGAGAAGAUUACCUUUGAAACUCAGAAGAAGAACCUUGCUGCAGAAAACCAGUAUUUACGAAUAUCUCUGGAGAAGGAAGAACAAGCCCUGUCUUCAUUACAGGAAGAGCUACGGCAACUAAGGGAGCAGAUUAGAUUGUUGGAGGAUAAAGGCACAAGCACGCAGUUAGUUAGGGAGAACCAGGUCCUUAAGCAGUACUUAGAAGUGGAAAAGCAGAAAACAGAUAGCUUCCUUAGGGAAAGGGAGAUGCUCUUGGAGGAGGCAAGGAUGCUGAAAAGGGACCUGGAGAGGGAACAGCUCACAGCCAUGGCUCUGCGGGCAGAACUUGAGCAGUUCAUCCCUGGCCAGGCACAGAGCCGUGCGGAGUCUCCUAGUGUGCAGACUGAAGAGAAGGAAGUGGGGCUGUUACAGCAGAGGCUGGCUGAGCUGGAGCAGAAGCUCAUCUUUGAGCAGCAGCGCUCGGAUUUGUGGGAGAGACUGUACGUUGAGGCAAAGGAUCAACAUGGAAAGCAGGAGACAGACGGGAGGAAGAGAGGAAGCAGAGGAAGCCACAGGGCGAAGAGCAAGUCGAAGGAGACAUUUCUGGGGACAGUUAAGGAAACAUUUGAUGCUAUGAAGAAUUCUACCAAGGAGUUUGUGAGACAUCAUAAAGAAAAAAUCAAGCAGGCGAAAGAAGCUGUGAAGGAGAAUCUGAAAAAAUUCUCAGAUUCAGUCAAAUCCACUUUUCGCCAUUUCAAAGAUACUACCAAGAAUAUCUUUGAUGAAAAGGGCAGCAAGAGAUUCAGGGCUCCAAAAGAAGCGGCAACUGAAAAGACAAGAACAGCUUAUAGUUAUUCCUCAUACUCACAGCAGGAGGCACCAAACCAAAACCAGAAUUGCAGGCGCCCUUCUGCACAGAGGGAUGGAGGGAGAGAAAAGCCCAGUCACUCUGAAGAAAUUAGAAAGAAUGCAAAUUCAUAUACAUACAAGGCCAAGUCUGACUGCAGAGGCACCCAUUCCACCAGAAGGGUUUGUUCAGUCGACCUGAUAAAAAGCAACGUAUGGUAACUAUUGAAAACGCCAGGCACCGAAAACAAGAGCAGAAGCACCUUCAUCCACAGCCUUAUGAAAGGGAAGGUAAAUGGCAAAAAUACGGUCGCGCUAACGGAAGACACACGGCAAAUCUUGAGCUAGAACUGGGGCAGUUACCUUUCGAUCCUAAGUACUGAUUUGUGAUUAAGUUAGGAAGUUAAGAGCUGUGGAUGCUAUCUACUUGGUUUGAUGUUGAGAUGAACUCCCCAUGACUGUCUUUAUAUUAUGCAAAAGCAAAGCUUACUAACUUGCAUUUUCCUGUAGCUUAGGUUUGUUAAAAACAAAAACUUUUUUUCCUGCUGGGGGGGGGUGGGGGAAAUGGUAGUUUUAUUAAGGAAGCCAGGCAUGAAAUAGUCUGUGCAUGAAACAGGGCUUGGUUUGAGGAGCUGAGCUCAGCUCACACAGGCAUUUCGUGCCGUGUGGAGGUGUGCAGCAGGGCCUGAGGACUGUGCUGAGGCGGGACUCCGCGCUAACAUCUCUACUCUCACGCUUUUGUCUCUCUGUGGGUUCAAGAGCCCGUUGGUUUGUGAAGAGCUGGCUGGCUUGUCUUGUGAACUCUCUUGCACACCUGAAUGCUAUGGAAGAAACAAUAAACUGCACCGUGAGGAAAACUAAAGGUCUCUCUCAAGUCUGGCGCCGUAUUUGUGUUCUCUGAGAAUGCCUCAGGACAGUGUAUGGGACAGCUGUCCCCAGUGGCUUCCUCUCAUUUCACGGUCACCUACAGUUUCUCUCAGUUAUGCCAACGUCUCUGCAGAAGUCCUUACAGUUCAGUUCCCUCCUGUGUUGACCCUGCCGGGUAACCUUCGCUCGUAGACGUGUAUGUGACUUCCAGUUCGGCGCUCUGGCCAGUGAGUGUGGAAGAAUGUAGCGGCCCUCUCGUAGUUCCCUGAGGUGAGGAAGGUAUUGAUCUCCUGCAAGCAAAUAAAGACAUGUUUGCCGAGUGCGACUUCAAGGAA